AUCAUACUUCAAGAUAAUUCUUUACUGUAAUUGGACAAAAAGAAACGAGAAAAACAGCAAAAUAUAACUUUAAUUUUUUUCAAUAAAACCGAUAAAGUAUCCAUUUUAUCUACUUGUAGAUACAUCUAAUGAAAUAAAUACUUUUGUAAUGCGGUUAAUAUAAAUGCGAAACUAAUAUUAUGGCUUCAAAUAUGGCAUCUACCAGUUAUUUUGAUGUCGAUGAAGACUAUCCUGAAUAUUCGUCGCUUCACCAAAUGUUUAAAAUUGUUGGUGAUCAGAUAACAGAAACAGAUCUUAGAACUUUGAAGCUUCUAACAUACAGUAUAGUACGUGACGACAUAGUUCUUAGAGCAAAAGAUGGAUUCACUUUCCUUCUUGCACUUGAAAAAAUUGGCAAAGUUGACCAAACGAACUUCCACUUUCUGGCUGAAAUCAUUAACCAACACACUGACCGACACGAUCUCUUGCAUUUUCUUAGCCUGAAGAGGAGAAAGACUGUUACAAGUGAUCCUGUGUCAAAAUACCUGGAAGAGACAUGCAAAAGAGGAUGCCAAAGAAAGCGAAAGAACUCUGAUGCAUCCCCUAGUUCUGAGAAUGUGCCAUCUUCUUCAUCACGUCAGGAUCCACUUUCCUCAGCCAGCAGCAGCUCUGAAGGGUCAUGUAGAGACAGUAAUAUGUGUAGCUCAUGUACUUCCUCACUGGGGAGUGCUAGGAGUGAGAGGCAUGCCAAACAGAGUCGUAGGGAUGGUAGCGGUACAAGUGUAGUGACAGCCAAGGUAUGUCACAGUUUACAGGUUCAUGGCAAAACAGAAUGGAAGGCAAAUGAAAAUAAACCUGAAGAGAAGAAUGGAGAGAUUAAAAAGAAAAUGACAUGUGAUAUUCGACUACGUGUGAGAGCAGAGUACAGUCAAAGUGAAGAAUCAUUGGAGAGCAGUGUUCAUUCAGACAAAGAGGAGGCUCUGGAGCGCCAGUUUGAACGUUUCACCCAAGCCAACACCAUCUUGAAAUCUCGAGACCUUGGGUCCAUAAUCUGUGACAUCAAGUUUUCAGAGUUGACUUACCUGGAUGCCUUUUGGCGUGACUAUGUGAAUGGUUCCUUAUUGGAGGCUCUCAAAGGAGUAUUUAUAACAGAUUCUCUGAAGCAAGCUGUUGGUCAUGAAACUAUCAAGCUGAUGGUGAAUGUUGAUGAGGAUGACUACGAAAUAGGGCGACUCAAGCUCUUACAAAACCUAAUGGACUGACAGGUGUGGCUACAGGGAUGGAGGUCUUGUCUGCUCAAGAAUGCAAUGUUGUAGUAAAUGGCAGUGCUAGUUGUGAUAAUAAUGGCAGAAUUUUAUUUUGUUUACUUUGUUCAGGAGUGUGAGUGGAGAUAUAUUCUUAAAUGGUUGUUUGUAUGUGGUUUAUAUAAUGAUAACUUCCCCAUAAAAAUUUGAGUAACCAAGAUGUUUGUGAGGUGGGGUGACAACCCUUAUUCAGAGCUGCUUACCCAUCCAAUUCUGCCACAUUUUCUUUGGCAAAAGAGAAUUAUUCAGAGUUGUUUACCCAUCCAAUUCUUCGGCAUUUUCUGUGGCUAAAGACAAAGUCUUUGCUUUAACCAGAGCAUAAAAACAAACUAUGGUAAAACACAGAAAUUCCAAUAUGGGUUGAUCAAAUUAACCUGCUUUAAGAGCUUGCAUUUUCAAAUAUACAAGUUUGAACAGUGUUAAUUUUUUAAGAGGUUUUUUCCCUUGUCUUUUUUUUUUUUUUAAUUAAAGCAAUGUUUUAUUGUAAGAUGAUAACACUUUUUGAUCAAUAGACCAAAAAUACAGAUUUUCAAGAUGAAACAGAAAAAUAUAUUUACCAAAUACUAUAAUUCCUUUGGAAAUUGUUAACAGCUCUGAUUAUUCAUCAAAGUUCUCAUUUUUAAAGAGCAGUGUUUGGGAGAAGAAUAAAGCCACAUUUUGACAUUGAGAAGUGAAAAUUUCUGUGAUGAAAUGACUUUUUUCCCAGACCAUUUUGCCUGUAUUUGUAUUAAAAGUGCAGCAACGUUGAUUUUCUUAUUGUGAAAAUCAAAAAGAAUUUUCCACUUAUAUAUAUGUAUAAAUGCAGUUCUUUUUUUCAAAACAGGCCAUUUAUAUCAUUUUACAAGAGGCAUUUAGUGAAAAAGUUACCUGUAGAUGACUUUAUUUAAAGAGUGGUGCAUUUUGAAACACAGUUUGGGCCUAGAUUAUGGCUGUUGGUAUUUUAAAUCAUUUUUGCUCCCAGUUUUGGGUUGCAAAAUAUUUUUUACCUACAAUUCUAUUUAAAACACAUUUCCAGAGUGGUUCAUAAAGUCUGCCAUGAUUUGUUUCUCUUUUGCUAAAUAAACUUACCUUAAUUUUGGACAAAGCAUCUACAGUUUGACACAAAAAAAAUCUGGUGAUGCUAAGGUAUGUGUCAGACUGGUGUUACUGGCGCAGUGAUUUUUGUGAUCAGUAGGAAGGCAUGGGCAGGGUGUAAACAGACGUCUUUUAGCUACCAUCUCACCUUUGAGAAGCAUAAUUCUUGAAGGGCACUGGCUUCCUUUGUAUGCAAUAAUCUAUACAAUCACUGGAACAGUAUUUCUCUUCAACAACAAUUGCUCACAAUCCAGUUUGAAGCAUGAAAGGUUUUACAUUUACAAGAGUGACUUGUCUCUGUGCAACAGCAUGUCAUUUUUUUAAACACUAGAAAGCUGUUUUCUAAAGACAAUACCAAAAAUAUCAAACGUAACUAUGAUAACUAGUGAUAUGUAAAAAAGUCAGUGAAUAAUAGUGAUGUUUUUAUCUACUAUAAAAGUUAUUGACUUUUCCAGUCUACUGUGCAGCUUAUAAGAGGCUAAUUGAUCAGUUCAACUAACUUUUGAAAGAAGUUCUGUUUAUUUCUAUUAUAAAUUUCUUGUGAAUUUGGAAACCUUGUGUGUAGCUCAUUUAUUUCAAAUCAUAAGUGAUGGUGUGAGCAUGCACACAGCGAUAUCACAAUAUUCAGUCCUAUUUAUCAAGUUUAUGUUGUCAUUUAUAUGCCGUGUAUCGACAUGCAUGGAGCAAAACCUAAAAUGCUACUGUUUGUAGACUUCUUUGUUCUAGAGCUCAAAUGAACUAUACCUCAUUAACUUGCCAUUUUCAUGCUACCUGUGAAUGGCAGAGUGAAAGUAGGUAGGAGAAAUGUGGAAGAUAAUUUGGAAAAAGUAUGCUAGAUCACAUCUGUAUGAACCUUCCUAAUAACAUUUGUGGUUCCUGUAUAAACAAUGCAGAAAAUUUAAAUGUAGAUUUUACUCCUAAGCAGUUGACACAUUAAUGACUGGCUAAUAAGGCCAAACCUUUUCCAAUAAAUAAAUCUGAUAACAACUUGUUUUCAAAUGUAACAUAAAGAUUCAAAUUAUAAUACUAACCCUGCUUUAUUUUUCCAUUAUGAAAUGGGCAGGUUUGAUUAACCCAGCUAAAGAAAUUCACUGACCGGUGAUGGCAAAUUUUUGAGUUUUGUAUUUUUGACUCAGCUCUUUAUCAAUGCGUUCCAAUUCAGAUUUGUAGGACAGUCUUCAAAUCCAUACUGCUAAUAUAUUGAUCACUCUUAAAGAGACUGAAAGUGACCUCUCAGCCAUGUUUAGACAACAAACCAUAGCAGCCUUCCUAAACUGUCUCCAUGCUGUCAAUGCAUAAUUGUAUAUUUUUUUUUUUUGCAAUGCAAAAUAUGGCGAAGAAAUAAUAUAGUCAUCAUCAAACAUUUAAAACAAACUUUUAUUUUGGAUUGUGUUGUCCUGGACAUUUUUGGAUGAGUUUUGUCAACCUUGUCAAUUCUACAUGCGAACGUGUAACACAAAACCACAAGAACCCAAGAGUUGCAGGUAAUGUAAUAUGACAAUGGAAUUAAAGGACAAUAUAGGUGGGUAUUUUGAUGCUGCUUUUGUAUCAGGUUAAAUUAUUAACUGUCUGGAGAUUUCAGUACAUUUUUUUUAAAGAUCUGUUCAAGAGAAACAACCAUGUAGAUGGUAUUAUCAUAUUUCAAUAUUUGAAUUGUAAGGAAAAAGUACUUAUCUGUUAAUACUGCACACUUCAACAAGUUGUCUGUAAGUGUGAUUUCAUGGGCCAUUUGCAUCUGCCACUGUUAAGCUUAUUUAUGUAUUUGCUUGUCUUUCAUCUUGCAUGUUCAAAGCACAGCCCACAAAAUAUUUGUUCCCCGAACAAUGACUAUGCAUAUAAUUUUAGCAAUUUUUUUAAAUACCUGUUGGUUACUUAUUUUCAUUCACACCAUUGCAAGCACCUAUCUGCAUCAGAAACUAACACUAUUUAAUGAGUUAUAACAAUCUCCAGCCAGUCUUCAGGUGGGAUGUGGGCACUCACAGGGUUGAUGCUACUUCACAAGCAGCAGUUUCUGUGUUUAGAUUCCUUUGUCUUUUACUGUAGUGUAAUGUUUUUGCCUUGGAAAUAAUGUGGCUUUCUUAAAAUAAAACUUUUGUGGCCAGUUAAA